UCUGUCCGUGUCCAGGUUUGGUUCCAGAAUCGUCGGGCUAAGUGGCAACGUCAGGAAAAGAUGGACUCUAGCUCCAUGAAGCUCCAUGACUCCCCCAUGCUGCCCUUCAACCGGCCGCCCAUGCACUCCAACGCGGGGCCCAUGUCUAACCCCUGGCUGACCUCUCCCAUGACUAGUGCCGCCCCCAUGAACACUAUCCCUGGCUACAUGGGCCCAGGGCAGAGCCCUUACCUCCAGUCUGCUUACCCUAGCCACUCCCACAGCCAAAGCUUCCUCAACAGCCCUCCAGUACAUGGCAAGGUGCACCAGGGGAUGGUGCAGGGCAUGCAGUUAAUGGCCCCGUCUCCAUGUCAGUGUCUUCCCACCUUCAACGAUAAGUAACCAAUGAAGGCUAAGGAGCACAUUCGGUCCAUGGAUAAAACCUGGCAGCACAUGUGAUCAGAAGAAGGAGAAAAUACGUUCUGUGUGAUGACCAACUUAAACAAAUGUGAUAACAAAAACAAAGAGAUUCUGUGUAAAGGAUGUUCAACUAAAUGAAUGUAGCUAUGUUCCCAAGCUUUUUUUUCUUUCUUGGUUUAAAAUCCUGACAGAGAGAAUACUUUGUGUGUCACCUUGUCAGCUUGUUGAGUGACUCGUAAAGACAGAACUGAGCUACAAGCAUUGAUGAUUGAUUUAUACUCUGGAUGCAAUUAAGCUUGUACUGUAAGGGUAUUGCAAUGGACGGCUGAAUUUGACCAGUGUAUCUCUAGUUAAUACUCUAUCCGUUUAAAGCGACAGGACAGACAGCGACAGGACAGACACUGCUUACUUCCAUAUUAGGGCCAGGAGUCUUUCCUGACAAUGUGGCCUGACUAAGAAAUCCUCCUGGCCCUGAUGAGGCAACAGGUCUUGGUGACUGAGGAAAUCCUCUGUCUUUCGUAAUCUGUUAUGCCUGGAAAUUUGUGCAGACAAGCAUACCUAUUUACACCUAAUUAACUGUUUUUAAAGUGAUUGACAUUAAAAACAGUCAACCCCCACACACACUCAUUUACAGAGAUGCUGCUAGGUUUGUUACCUUAUGUUCAAACAUACAGUGCCUUCAGAAAGUAUGCAUACCCCUUGACUUAUUCCACAUUUUGUUGUGUUACAGCCUGAAUUCAAAAUGGAUUAAAUUGAGAAGAAAGAAAAAUGUAUUGAAAAUGAAAUACUGAAAUAUCAAAUUUACAUAUUUUCUGGUAAGUCGUAGAGCUUUGCACACCUGGAUAGUGCAACUUUUGCCCAUUAAUCUUUUCAACAUUCUUCAAGCUCUGUCAAAAUGGUUGUUGAUCAUUGCUAGACAACAAUUUUCAGGUCUUGCCGUAGA